AUGGAAGGGGAGUGGCCCCCUGGGGGGGAACUCCUCUUCUACCUCACGGUCAGCCUUCUGCUUCAAGGAAGAGCCGACACUUUCACCAUCAAUUGCUCAGGGUUUGACCAAUAUGGGGUGGAUCCUGCUGCCUUCCAAGCAGUGUUUGACAGAAAGGCCUUUCGUCCAGUCAUCAACUACAGCAUCCCCACUCAUGUCAACAUCUCCUUCACCUUGUCUGCCAUCCUGGAAGUGGAUGUACGGCUCCAGCUUCUGACGUCAUUCCUGUGGAUUAAUUUGAUGUGGGACAAUCCUUUCAUCAGCUGGAACCCAGAAGAGUGUGUCGAAGUCAAUAAGCUCACUGUAUCAGCAGAAAACCUGUGGCUUCCAGAUAUCUUCAUUGUAGAAUCCAUGGAUGUGGAUCGGGCACCUACAGGUCUCUCCGCGUAUGUCAGCAGUGACGGUCGGAUCAAGUACGAUAGGCCAGUGCGGGUGACCAGCAUCUGUAACCUGGACAUCUUCUACUUCCCUUUUGACCAACAGAACUGCACCUUCACCUUCACUUCCUUCCUCUACACAGUGGACAGCAUGCUUCUGGGCAUGGAAAAGGAAGUGUGGGAGAUAACAGCUACGUCUCGUGACGUCAUUCAGACCCAGGGAGAGUGGGAGCUCCUGGGCAUCAACAAGGCCACCCUAAAGAUGUUGGUGGGCAGCAAUGUAUAUGACCAGAUCACGUUCUAUGUGGCCAUCAGGCGCAGGCCCUUCCUCUAUGUCAUAAACCUUCUGGUGCCCAGUGGUUUUCUGAUGGCCAUUGAUGCCUUCAGCUUCUUCCUGCCUGCAGAAAGCGAGAACCGUGCCCCAUUCAAGAUAACCCUUCUGCUGGGCUACAACGUCUUCCUGCUCCUGAUGAAUGAGUUACUCCCUGCCAGUGGCACCCCCCUCAUCAGUGUCUACUUUGCUCUGUGUCUGUCUCUGAUGGUGCUCAGCCUGCUGGAGACCAUUUUCAUCACCUACCUGCUACACCUGGCCACCACUCAGCCCCCACCUAUGCCCCGGUGGCUCCAUUCCCUGCUUCUGCACUGCACCAACCCAAUGAAAUGCUGUCCCACUGCACCCCAGAAGGGAAACAAGGGUCUGGGUCUCGCCCCUGCCCACCUGCCUGGUCUGAAGGAGCCUGUGGAGUUGGUGGGGAAGGUGCCAGGCCCCCGAGAGGCAGAGUUAAAUGGGUGCCCUGAGUCAACAAGGGGCCAACAGGAAGAUGAGGCCCAGAAGCAGCACUUGGCCAGCCUGUGGGUACAGUUCAGCCACAUGAUGGACACCCUGCUGUUCCUCCUCUACCUGAUUUUCAUGGCCACCUUCAUCACCUCCAUCAUCGUCCUCUGGAGCACCUAGGCUGACAUCCACGUCCAUCUCUCCCUGCAAACCACAGUUUGAGUUUCUCCUUGUAUUAGGGCCAGCCAAACCCUGACCUCUUUCAUAAUCUUAGCCACUUCUCCAGUGACUACCAUGUCCUCUUCUAUAUUCUCAAAACUUCAACACAGCCCUACCGAGUAGGUUCAGAACAGCCAUAGUCCUCUCGUAUUCCAUGGUCAUCAUUCCUGCACAAGUUUAGUGUUCCUCAGCCACACCUAACUUAACUCUGACUUCCUUAUCAAUUGAGGUCCAGGUCAGUGCAGUCUCUCCUUGAUUG